UCUGCACUGAGAUACAAAAUCACUUCAACAAGCCCAUCUCGUCUGCCGGUUCAACACGCAGGGAACCAUUUCCAGCAGAGACAAAGAUGGACCCAUUGCUUUCCAGCUCCUCUCCUGUCAACACCACUAGAAUUGUUGACAUCUCAUUUGCCGAGUUUGCUCCAUCUCUCCUGCGUAACGUGUCCGACGAAUCAUGCCACUUCAUCGUCUCAUCGCAGUUUAUUUCCCAUUUCAUCCCCAUUAUCUACAGUAUCAUCUUUAUCUUGGGCUUCAUUGCGAACAGUGUGGUAAUCGCCACCUUUUGCCACCGCAUUCAUUUAAAAACUGUCACUAACAUCUACAUCAUCAACUUGUCGAUUGUUGAAUUGCUCCUCCUGUCCACACUUCCCCUCUGGGCUGUCUAUUAUGCUACUGGGUACAACUGGCUUUUUGGGGCAGUGAUGUGUAAAAUAUGCAGCUCUCUUGUAUCUCUGAAUUUAUAUGCCAGAGCAUUUUUUAUUAUGUCGAUGAGUAUUGAUUGCUACCUGGUACACCUGCAUCCGAUUGAUUCUCAGACAAAAAGGGCUCUGUGUCAAGCUCACUGCAUUAUGAUCCUUGUGUGGACUGUGGCUUUAGUUGCGACCUUUCCAACUGUCUAUUUUCAAGGUCCCCUUUAUAUCCAAAGUCUGGAUAAGACAAGGUGCACAAUGGUAUAUCCCGCCAGCAAUGCUGGACAUUGGUCUGCCGCGUUGUCAUUGAUGGAAAAUAUUCUGGGCUUCUUCAUUCCCUUCACUGUGAUCGGUAUAUGCUACUGCUCUUUUGCCUGUCAUCUGAUGAGGAUGGAAGUAUCGGAUAGAAACACAUGCAAACGCAAUAAGAUGCUCUGGAUGGUGAUUGCAGUUGUACUGGCUUUUCUCAUCUGCUGGUUGCCAUUCCAUGUAUUGACUUUUAUGAGUGCAAUGUGGAAGUUGAACUUCUUCACUGAUUGCCAAAUGGUCACUAUUAUUGGAAUUGCAAUGCCAGUUAGCACCUGCCUUGGCUUUGCCAACAGCUGUGUCAACCCCUUGAUCUACUGCUUGGUGGGAGAUCAGUUCCAAACGCAGCUCACUGAUAUGGCUCGUAGAGGGUCUAUCAAUCUCUACAACCGGAGGAGCUCAGCAACCAGGAGCACGGCCACAUCUUGCAAGAACAGUGACACCACCGAUAUUGGGCCUAACCAUUCAUGAGAAGUGAGCUGUGAAGAAACAAGAAUGACACUGAGCUAAAGUUCUGUUAAUAUCUCACGGAACUGUGCAACUAAUGAUAAAACACGUGGAGUUAGGGAAUUGUAUUCACACAAAAGCGGCAUUAAAAUGUCACUGCAUUGGGGAUCUUUGCCAAAUGGUUCAGAGCCACUGAGGAAUGAUUUUAAUAUGUUGCCGUGAGACGAUUCUAUGCAGUUUUACUAAUUAGCUCAGCAUACUUUUGGAGUUGACUAUAAACCAUGAAGUAAGCCACAUCAUCAUACCCGCCACGACUGAAGGUCUCAAAGUGCCGCUUCUCAAAUUUGGAGCUGGAAGCCAGAGUUCAACUUGGAAGACCCAUCAUGAGGAAUGCUCCUACAUUGCAUCUGAACUGGAUACAUUGAUGUCUUCUGCAAUGGACUGUCUCAGAACAAUGUAGGCAAAGUGUUUUGCCUUAAGGAUACCCUGGCUAGCUUGUUUCUAUUAAAAUCUGCAUUCCUGUGCACGACCCAAGCUCUUCUUUCACCGUAUAUUCCUCUUGCAGCAUUGACUCUGGGUGUUGCAUUAUGUCUGAUGCCACUGCUGGUCUCCCAUCUCCCAUGCACUCCAAUAUUGGGUGAUAGGCAGAUCCAAACAUCUUCACCAAUUAAUUUUUCAACUCAGUCCACUGAUGCAGCGUGUAUAAAAUAUAUUCUGCAAUGUAAUUUCUAGCCUAUGAUCUCUAAAUAUAUUGGAAAU